AUGGCAGCACAUGAGCUAGUUUGUAGUGGGGUAAGAAGACGGAUUGGGGAUGGGAAGGCUACUCUGAUAUGGGGCCAUCCGUGGUUCCCGAAUGACCCUAAUCCAAUGGUUCAGACUAUCAUGCCCGAGGCACUAAAUGGUGCUUUGGUCUCGGGGCUAAUUGACCCUGCUACUGCUACAUGGGAUUUAUCUAUUUUACAGGAUAUCUUUAUACCUGCCGAUAUUGAGCGCAUCCUAAAGGUUCCAAUUACUCCCUAUUAUGAUUACUCUUGGUUCUGGUUUGGGGACCCCGGUGGCUGUUAUACAGUCAAGGAUGGUUAUAGGCGCAUUAUUGGUAACUUCGAGCCUCAACCUGGGACUUUUGAAAAAUGGCUACAUCUGUGGAAAAUCAAGUGCCCGGCAAAGUGGAGAAUUUUUUUGUGGAGAGCUCUAUCUAAUGUUCUCCCUACUACCACCAAUUUGAUUUUAAAGAGGGUUGAGAUAGACCCAACAUGUCCAAUGUGUGGCAACUUACAUGAAGAUAUUAUGCACUCUCUACUUUUGUGUGAUUUCUCAAAGAGUGUUUGGCAUGAAUCUACUUUGCAUGUACCUAACAUGAUUGGAAGUGAUUUUGGGGAAUGGUUCGGGAAUGUGUUAUCUAUGCUCACGGCUGAUCAAUUGUUUCUUGCUGUAGCCGUACUAUAUCAUAUUUGGAGGACAAGGAACCGUGCCGUUUGGGAAGGCUGCUUACCACGUCCGAUUUCGGUAUGGCGGGCGGCGCAUUCGGCUGCAGCAGCCUGGCGAUCCACUCACGCACAAGUGGAUCACCGCCAGCCGCAGUCACCAACUCUGACGGUACACGACGACGCAGUGCUGCGAUGCUAUUUCGAUGCCGGUUUCCAAGCUCAUUCCGCAAAGGCUACGGUUGGGGCAGUGUUGCUGACGCAUGGAGGGGAGUUCGUUGCUGCUUUCAACGGUCAACUACCCUAUUGCUUAUCUCCCCUCAUGGCCGAGACCCUAGCUUGCAAGGAAGUCCUCUCGUGGCUCAGAGGGCGCGGGUUGUCUGCAGUACACAUCUACACCGAUUGUUCCACUCUAAAGAAGUUGUUAACUUCAGCUCAGACUAGUCUAUUCUCUUAUGUUGGUUUUGCUAUCGAUGCCACUAGGGCAAUUUUGUCUACUUUCCAUAUUUGCUCUUUUAAUUUAGUUCCUAGAUCAAAUAAUCGGGGGGCUCACUCUUUGGCUGCGUUGGCUUACACCCAGGUUUCUUCAUUGUAUUGGGAUACUAUCCCGCCUGACUCUAUUUCUGAUUUGAUUUAA